UACAAAAUGUCUUCUAUUGUUAAGUCUCAAAUAGAAUGUUAAAGUUUCCAAUAAAUUUACUUGAACAAUAAAUCCAGUAAAAUAAUAACAAACAAUGGCUCCGAAAGCGCCUCGAUUACUUAUAAAAAUCGAUAAAAUUCAACUAAACAGGAGCGGUCCAAAUUAUAAUCAUAGCUCAAAUGCAGAAUACGGCUGUAUUUAUUUUCACACAGACAUAAAUAACAGUUUCGAUGUAGCCAGUUAUUCAACAAUUGAUGACAACGACAACUUGAAUAAUUACUCAGAAGAAAAUUUACUUCACGACCUGAAUGAAAUUUUAAGCGAGGAUUUGGGUAAUUCUGAUUUUUUUGCUCCAGAUAACGAGUGUCCGACUUCAUCUGACGUUUGUAAACAAAUAAAAGAUGAAAGUACUCCGCAUAUUAAUAAUUACAAUGACUGCUCUCAACUGGAUUGUCCACCAAUCGUUAUAUCAUCAUCACAAAUUUCAUUCCCAUGCAUUCAAGAAGUAAACAAACAGAUAAGUAAUGAUGUAAAUACUAAUAACCAAUUAAUUAAUACUGAGUACCAGGAUUAUUAUUCAUUAGAAACUUAUACUUCAAGUAGUUAUCACUGUGAUUCAAAUGUCACAUCAAAUUCCAGUGACAUGGAAUUUUAUUCUAGUAAAAGUUUAUGCUUACAACGAGAGUUGAGAGUUUCUUCAAUGGAGAUGAGGAUUGAUGACCAGAUAGCAGCUGUCAAUUCUAACUUCUGUAAAAAUAAUAACAAUGACAAGUUACUUUUGAACAAAGAAUUGAAAGUUGUUGUAAAAAAGAUGACUGAUGAAGAAAUAUUGGCUUGGGUCAAUGCCAGAAAAAAUAAAAAUAUCGUGAGCAGGAAGAAAGAACUGAAAGUGUCUUUGGAAAAGAUGACUGAUAAUGAGAUUGUUAAUUAUACUAGAAACAAUAAAUCUAGAGAUGAUAAUUUGAAUGGUUUCGAUGCGACACAAGACAGUGGAUAUUUUGAGAGCAGUUUUGUUUCAAACACUCGUGAUACUAUUGAAUUUUAUCAAGAUUCAGAUGCUGAUGCUGAUGCUGUAAUGGAUUCUUUAAUUAAAUUGUUUAGUAAUAUUGAUGAUAAGACAGAUGAAGAUGAAGGACUUGCUGGCAUCGACUGUUCUGGUCUUGAUGUUUUGAAUUCAAAUGAAAGUCGUGAUGUUCUGGAUUCAAAUGAAACUCGUGAUGAUCAGCCGGUUAAUUUUGAUAAUGAAGAAAAUCCUAUAGAUGCAAAUUCUAAUGAUAAUAAUUUAAAUGACUCGCAAAAAACUGUAGAAGGGGAAUCUAAAAAACGUAAUUUAAAUAAUCGAAAAAAACGUAAAAUUAAUGAUAAGAGUUAUGAGUAUCGGUGUGUGAAGAAAUUUGUCUACGAUUUCGGGUUGCUGGGUUUUAAUGAUGAUGGAGAAGCCUUUUUCAGCGAUAAUUUAGUUCCUCAAGUUGAAAGUUAUCGGGUAUACCAAUCAGAAAAAGUCACGAUUAAGCGUUCGAUAAGAAUUGGAUCUUCAUACAGUCAUAAAAUUCUUUUUGUAGGAAAAAUUAUUGUCAAUGAAAGUUAUCAGCAAUCUAUCAAAAAUAUUGGUGGACAAAUUGUUGAUAAUCCAGAAGUUGCUACGGUGUUGGUUGCCAAGAAAAUUAGCAGAACUGUGGAAUUCCUGUGCGCAAUUUGUCGAUCUAUUCCAAUUGUUUCUGUCCAAUGGAUAGAGGAUAGUGUUUAUAAUAGAAAAUUUGUUGAUCCAAAUGACUAUUUGCUGAAAGAUACCAUGACAGAACGAAGAUUUGGAUUUCGCUUGGAAACGAGCUUAGAGAGAGCGAAAGAAAAAAAAAUUUUUGAAGGAUAUACUUUUGUUAUUACUUCGGGUAUUACAAAAAUGAGUUUUGAUCAAUUGAAAUACCUAAUUGAAGUAGCCGGUGGCAGAGUUUUUAAAAAUGGAUCAAAAAUAGUGAGACCACAUACAAUUCUGGUGUCUUGCAGUAGCGAUCGUAAGUCAACUGAAAAUAGGCUUAAAAGAAAACCUGGUUAUUAUGAACGUGUCGUUAAAGUGGACUUCAUCAUAGCGUGUCUGCUUAAACAGAAAAUAGACACUAAUAAUAAGUAUACGUUGACAUUUAAAAACUAAUAAAUGUUAGUUUUACAAAAUAAGCCACUGACAUUAAUUUUUUUUUUAUUCUAAGAUACUAAAAAAUGUAAUAUAAUUUCUCGACGAACUGAAAGUUGAUUAACUAGUUAAUAAGUACUUUAUAAAUUUGAAUAAUUACAGAUUACUG